AGGAGUAGCCUAUUCCAGAAUUUGGUUUCGAGAUGCUGUUGGAUUGUCAAGGCUUUCUAUACAUGCUCUUGUUAUUCUUAUGUAUCUAUGUCAAGUAGACCGUCCCAUUUACUAUUGUCGAUUGAAGAAACCGCAGCUUUCUGUGCGCAUAAAGUUGCCUCCACCCUUGUAUGAUAAUGUCAUAUCACUGAGUCUACCUUUAACAGAAUAAUGCUCUGAUCUCUCACCCUUCAGACGUAAUAAUGUAUGAUAAUGUCAUAUCACUGAGUCUACCUUUAACAGAAUAAUGCUCUGAUCUCUCACCCUUCAGACGUAAUAAUGUAUGAUGGUGUCAUAUCACUGAGUCUACCUUUAACAUAAUAAUGCUCUGAUCUCUCACCCUUCAGACGUAAUAAUGUGUGAUAAUGUCAUAUCACUGAGUCUACCUUUAACAGAAUAAUGCUCUGAUCUCUCACCCUUCAGACGUAAUAAUGUAUGAUAAUGUCAUAUCACUGAGUCUACCUUUAACAGAAUAAUGCUCUGAUCUCUCACCCUUCAGACGUAAUAAUGUAUGAUGGUGUCAUAUCACUGAGUCUACCUUUAACAGAAUAAUGCUCUGAUCUCUCACCCUUCAGACGUAAUAAUGUGUGAUGGUGUCAUAUCACUGAGUCUACCUUUAACAGAAUAAUGCUCUGAUCUCUCUCUCACCCUUCAGACGUAAUAAUGUGUGAUAAUGUCAUAUCACUGAGUCUACCUUUAACAGAAUAAUGCUCUGACCUCUCUCUCACCCUCCAGACGUAAUAAUGUGUGAUAAUGUCAUAUCACUGAGUCUACCUUUAACAGAAUAAUGCUCUGAUCUCUCACCCUUCAGACGUAAUAAUGUAUGAUGGUGUCAUAUCACUGAGUCUACCUUUAACAGAAUAAUGCUCUGAUCUCUCACCCUUCAGACGUAAUAAUGUAUGAUAAUGUCAUAUCGCUGAGUCUACCUUUAACAGAAUAAUGCUCUGAUCUCUCUCUCACCCUUCAGAUGUAAUAAUGUAUGAUGGUGUCAUAUCACUGAGUCUACCUUUAACAGAAUAAUGCUCUGAUCUCUCACCCUUCAGACGUAAUAAUGUAUGAUGGUGUCAUAUCACUGAGUCUACCUUUAACAGAAUAAUGCUCUGAUCUCUCACCCUUCAGACGUAAUAAUGUAUGAUGGUGUCAUAUCACUGAGUCUACCUUUAACAGAAUAAUGCUAGACAUGAGUCGUUACUGCACCCUGAACAACAACUUUCCCAAUGACAACAACCUCCUGGCCCUGGACAUGGUGCUGAGCUCUCUCUGGAGCAUUCCACAGCCCAUCAACUGGGACAACGUGGCCAUGCUGGUCCCUGGCUUCACACCCAAGGAGUGUGCGCAGAGGUUCGAGGAGCUGAAGAGCACCGGAGGGUUCCAUCACGUGGACGACCAAUGCAACGCGCUGACGGCAGGAGGCUCCUCCCCUGUGGACUACAUCAAAUCCACACUAUUGGACACCACGGGAGACGUGGGGGAGACGCGGACCAAUCAGAGCUCCAUCUCAGUGACGGGCCUGGCGGUGAACCCUUCAAGAGGUGGCUCGGUAGAGAAGGAGAGCAGGGAGUCUGCAGAGGAGGGCGAGAAGCCCCAGGAGGGGAAAGGGCCCAAUAUGGUGAUCCACGUGUGUGACGAGGCUAAGAACCUGAAGCAGGACUUCAUGUGUCCCCGUGACCUUCUGAUCAACGAGAUGCGUUACUUUGCUGAGUACCUCUCUGUUGACACCCAGCGCUGGGAGGAGGUGGACAUCUCUGUGCACUGUGACGUGCAGAUCUUCGACUGGCUCAUGAACUACGUCAAGAGGCACAAAAUGGCCGUCGAUGGCAACCAUGACAAACCCAAGCUCGAGCCCAGCAAUGUGAUCUCAAUCCUCAUCUCCUCCGAGUUCUUGAAGAUGGACACGUUAGUGGAGGAGUGCAUCCAGUACUGUCACAAGCACAUGAGUGCCAUCGUGGCCACACCCUGCAACAUGAAUUGCAUCAACAGUAACCUGGCAGCGGACAUGUCUGACCUGUUCAGCCACAACGAGGCAGACGACAUCACGGACAGAAAAGACAAGUUCAAAAGUAAGUUAUUCCAGAAGAAAAUUGAGUGUCUCUUCGAUCCUGACUAUAAGAACCGGGACUCCCCAGGCAACGCAUCAACUCUGUACAGGUGUGCUCUGUGCCUGAAACUGCUGACCAAGGACACAGAGCGGAAGAUCUCCUGCAUCCCAGGGAAGAUCAACAUCAACCCUCGAGGAGACAUCACCUACACUCACAGCAGGCAGAAGAGAUGGGAGGUCCAUGAUUACAUGACAGGACUGUAUGAGGAGCUGAAGUCCUGGGUGCUGGUCUACUGGAGGAUCUGGGGAACCAUCAACCACCUCACCUGCUCCCACUGCCAACAGGUGUUUGUGUGUGCAGAGCUGUCCCACUGUCGGUAUCACCCAGAGGUUGUGUUGUACCCAGGCAUGGGGGCAGAGCAGGGCUGGCACGGGACGGGCAUCUACCCCUGCUGCAACCAGAGGACGCUACGCUUUGACCCCACCGGCAUGCCCAAGGGCUGUAAGAUGCGGGACCACAUAGUGAAUGUGUCAGACAGUGGAGACUGUACUGGGGACCACCAGGUAAACUCAGCCCAGACCAGACUGCUCAACGACCUGCUACUACACAGAGAGACAGUGUGUGUACCCAACACACCCCUACCAGAGACAGGGCCUGUAGACUCCCCCUCCAGUGGUUCAGAGAGGGGGGAGAGAGGGGAGCGGGUACUGGACUGUGACAUCCUGGUAGAGCCGGGGCUUCUGGGACUUCAGAGAGUAGAGGGUACCACCUUUUCCCUGUUGAAAAACUGGAGCCGGCAACUGAGGCAGCAGACGCUGCUGUCUGAGGAUGAGGAGUAUACCACGGGGUCAGAGGUCACUGAGGAUGAGGUGGGGGAUGAAGAGGAGGCCAGCAAGAAACAAGCUGCUAAGAAGGCCAAGAAGUUGAGCAAACCUUUGAAGAGGCAGAUGUCCUCACCCAAUUUCCAUCGCAAAGAGAAAGCAGUGGAGAAAACCCCUUCAAGGGACAACACUCCAUUCAGAGUGAGUGCCCAGAAGAGUAAGUGGGACAGCUCUCGCUCCAUUCGCUACAACCAAGACGCCCAACGAGAGGAAGACCAGCGGCGUAUGGUGGAGAUCAUUGGUCAUCUGACUAAGAUUAGGUUCGGAGAUCAGGAACAGAGGAAGUCCAAGGACACUAAAGACCGUGCAGCAGGGAUCUACUCCAGGCUAGAGGCCCAGUUCAAGUCCUCCUCCCAGGCCAGGGGACGACAGAGUGGCCCUGAGAAAACCCUCAGAGUGAAACCACGCGUCAGUCAAGCUCGAACCACAUAGAUAUUGGAAAGAGGAGGAGGGAAGGAGGAAGACAAGAGGAGGAAGAGGAGGAGGGAAGGAGGAAGACAAGAGGGAGGAGGGAAGGAGGAAGACACGAGGAGGAAGA